CCCAGCAGAGGCAGUGCCCGGGCAAUCGUGAGGAAAUGGAGGGCGAGGCGCUGUUUAGGGGUAGGGAUCAGUGUGGGUCGAGUUUCGCCCGGAGAGGGGAAAUCGGGGAAGAAGAUCUGAGGGCCGGAGAGGAGAGAAGGAAGAUCAAGAGCUAGAGCAAUCCGACGGCCAUGGAGGCCGAAGAGACGAUGGAAUGCCUUCAGGAGUUCCCGGAACAUCAUAAAAUGAUCCUGGACCGAUUGAAUGAACAGCGAGAACAGGAUCGGUUUACUGACAUCACCCUGAUUGUCGACGGACACCAUUUUAAGGCCCACAAAGCUGUUUUGGCUGCUUGCAGUAAGUUCUUCUACAAAUUCUUUCAGGAGUUUACUCAGGAACCUUUGGUGGAGAUAGAAGGUGUUAGUAAAAUGGCCUUCCGUCAUUUAAUUGAGUUCACAUAUACAGCAAAAUUAAUGAUACAAGGAGAAGAAGAAGCCAAUGAUGUAUGGAAAGCAGCAGAGUUUCUACAAAUGCUAGAAGCUAUCAAAGCCCUUGAAGUCAGGAACAAAGAAAACUCGGCUCCACUAGAGGAAAAUACCACAGGAAAAAGUGAAGCAAAAAAAAGAAAGAUUGCAGAAACUUCAAAUGUUAUCACGGAGUCAUUGCCAUCUGCAGAGUCGGAACCUGUUGAAAUUGAGGUGGAGAUUGCCGAAGGCACGAUCGAAGUUGAAGAUGAAGGCAUCGAAACAUUGGAGGAGGUGGCUUCUGCCAAGCAGUCCUUAAAGUACAUUCAGAGCACAGGUUCCUCUGAUGAUUCUGCCCUCGCACUGUUGGCAGAUAUUACCAGCAAGUACCGACAAGGUGAUAGGAAAGGGCAGAUCAAAGAAGAAGAUGGUUGUGCCUCUGACCCCACAAGCAAACAGGAACACAUGAAAUCACACUCCACUGAGAGUUUCAAGUGUGAAAUAUGCAAUAAAAGGUAUCUUCGGGAGAGCGCAUGGAAACAGCACCUCAACUGUUACCACCUCGAAGAAGGUGGAGUCAGUAAGAAGCAAAGAACUGGGAAAAAAAUUCACAUAUGUCAAUACUGUGAAAAACAGUUUGACCACUUUGGACAUUUUAAAGAGCAUCUUCGAAAACAUACAGGUGAAAAACCUUUUGAAUGUCCAAAUUGUCAUGAAAGAUUUGCUAGAAAUAGCACCUUCAAAUGUCACCUGACUGCGUGCCAAACUGGAGUGGGGGCAAAAAAGGGAAGAAAGAAGCUUUAUGAAUGUCAGGUCUGUAACAGUGUGUUUAACAGCUGGGACCAGUUUAAAGAUCAUUUGGUAAUACACACUGGAGAUAAACCCAACCAUUGUACUUUAUGUGACUUGUGGUUUAUGCAAGGAAAUGAAUUAAGGAGGCAUCUCAGUGAUACUCACAGUAUUUCAGAGCGUCUGGUAACCGAAGAAGUUCUUUCAGUAGAAACACGUGUGCAAACUGAACCUGUUACCUCAAUGACUAUUAUAGAACAAGUGGGGAAGGUGCAUGUGUUACCAUUGCUUCAAGUUCAAGUGGAUUCAGCACAAGUGACUGUGGAACAGGUCCAUCCAGAUCUGCUCCAGGACAGCCAAGUACAUGAUUCACAUAUGAGUGAGCUUCCAGAGCAGGUCCAGGUGAGUUAUCUGGAAGUGGGUCGAAUUCAGACUGAAGAAGGCACUGAAGUACAUGUGGAGGAGCUGCAUGUUGAACGGGUAAAUCAGAUGCCAGUGGAAGUACAAACUGAACUUCUAGAAGCCGACUUGGAACAAGUGACCCCUGAAAUCCUAAACCAGGAGGAGAGAGAGCCCACCCAAGCAGAUGCUGCUGACGCUGCCAGAGAAGAUCACGAAGAUGCUAGUUUAGAGACCAGAACAGCGGUGGAUUCCCAGGCUGAAAGGGCAGGGAAUGAAAACAGAACACCUAUGCCUGUUUUAGAAUGAAAUAACGAAUAUAUUUUUAAAUUAA